CACGACAACAACCGCGACAACGACCGCGAAAACGACCGCGACAACAGCCAUUGACUCAGUUUGGUUUCCCAAUUGCCUUAAACUCUGGUUCCCUUGAUUUGGUCAAACUCGUUGGUCAUUACUUUCAAGAAAGAAUAGAAAGAGACGGUAUCCCACCAAAAUGCGUUCAUCACUGUUGGCCGCGACGUUGGCUGCGUUGACAGCAUCUUCUGCUGCUAUCCCCACCAUCGAAGUCAAAGGUUCAAAGUUCUUCACUAGUGAAGGCGACCAAUGGUUCAUCAAGGGAAUUGCCUACCAGCUCGUCCCGGAGGAUCCCCUCAUCGACACUGAUCAAUGCGAACGCGAUGCAAGUCUGAUGUCCGAGCUGGGUGCGAACGCAAUCCGCGUCUACCAUGUGAAUCCGAGCGGUGACCAUACUGGAUGUAUGAGCGCAUUUGCUGAGAAAGGCAUCUACGCUUUUAUUGACCUCGAUGACUUCGAUACCCAGAUCGAGCAGAAUCACCCGUGGUGGAAUGAAACCCAGCAUAGCAUGUUCAGCGAUGUCAUGGAUGCGUUCCACACGUUCGAAAACGUGGCCGGCUUUUUCGUCGGCAACGAAGUCAUCACCAUGAAGAAUGGCUCUCUUGCUGCCCCGUAUGUCAAAGCCGCAGCUCGAGACAUGAAGGCCUACCGUGAUAGCAAGGACUACCGCCAGAUUCCCAUCGGCUACUCCGCCGCGGACAUCGCUACCCUUCGCCCCAUGUUGCAGAAUUAUCUGGCAUGCGGCACCAACUAUUCCGAGUCUCUCGACUUCUUCGCGUUGAACGCAUAUGAGUGGUGCGGCAAAACGACUUUCGAAGAGUCGGGGUAUGCUGCGUUGACUAAAAACGUCACGGAGUACUCGAUUCCAAUCUACUUCUCCGAGACGGGCUGCAACACCGUGCGUCCCCGUACCUUCGCCGACCAAGCAGCCAUUUUCGGCCCGAAGAUGGCCCCUUACUGGUCCGGCUCCAUCGUGUACGAAUGGAUCCAAGAGGCCAACAACUACGGCCUCAUCAGCUACGGCGAAAAAGUAGACCCCUCCCUCCCCGACGCCCCUCCCGACGGCUUCACCCGCUCCGGCACCCCUACCCCCGUCCAACCCGACUUCGACAACCUCAAGUCCCAAUGGCAGACCCUCACCCCCAGCGGCGUCCAGAAAUCCGCCUACACCCCCAGCCUCGCCGCCCCGCCGUGCCCAACGCGCAUCUCCGAUUUCUGGGACGUCGACGGCGACGUCUCCCUGCCGUCGAUCGGGCAGCAGCUGGACCUCGAGGGUUCGGCGACGGCGACGGUGACGGCGACUGGAACGGGGAGUGCGCUGGUGCCGACGAGUGGGGCGGGAGCUGUGGGUGAGGGUGCAGCGGGCGAGGAGGGCGCGGCAGGGAGGAUGGCGCCAAGUCGAGAGUGGGUUUGGGGGGUGGUGGUUGCGUUGGCGGCCGUGGGUAUGGGGAUGGUUCUUCUGUAAGAAAGUUCGAGGGAGGGGAUGGAGCUAUUCGUGUAUGGGAUUGCGAAGGAUAGACGUUAGGCUGUGGCGGAUAUUCGAUUGGUGUGUCCUACGCUAGGAGCUGGGAGUUUGGCGAGAUAAGCAGCAUCCAGGUGCGAUGGACAUGAUACGUUUCACAAGCAGGAUAGACUGACUAUACGAAUACUU